AUGCUCUUUUUGGUUGAAAUAUUCUUAUUGUCCCUAUUUGUGCUUGGGGCUCUUGCGUCUCGUGUGCCGGAAUCAGAUAUACUUUCUUUCACCAAAAGAAACACUCCUCUUAAUGAGUUCCUGAGCAUUCUCAUAGCCAACACACCCGCUGUCAAUGUCUCUCUCACUGAGAGUACCAGCGUCAUCACCACAUUGGAUAAGCUUCUGGCAAUAUCAACUGGAGCACAGACAAUUUACAAUGAAUUAGAAGGGUCAUGCCAGGAAUGGACUGUGAUUUUUGCUCGCGGAACGGCUGAGCCAGGUAAUGUGGGAGUUCUGGUUGGACCUCCAUUGUUCGAUGCCCUUGGUGACCAAUUUGGUUCCUCGAGCAUUGCCAUUCAAGGCGUCAAUGGUUAUUCAGCUUCGGUAGAAGACUAUCUGGCAGGUGGAGAUCCCGCUGGAAGUGCCGAAAUGGCCAACCAAAUCGAAACUGCCAGAUCCAAAUGUCCAAACACGAAACUAAUUGUAGCUGGCUACUCUCAGGGAUGUCAGAUUGUACACAAUGCUAUUGCCAAGCUUGCAGCUACAACUACAACUUGGAUUAGUAGUGUGUUACUUUUUGGGGAUCCGGAUGAUGGAGAACUGUUGCCGAAUAUCCCAGCCUCAAAGACAUUUACAGCGUGCCAUGAUGGAGAUGACAUCUGCAAGAAUGGUCUUUUCAUCUUGCCCGCUCAUCUUACUUACGCAGAGAAUGUCACUGAGGCAGCUCAAUUUGCGGCAGACGUGGCUUCCGCAUGA